AUGCGUGCCAAGAACAGCCCAAUGUUCAUCCGCACCCUCCUCGACUGGUCCGCUCCGCCACCCGCGAACCCCACCGCUGACGGUGAGACAGGCAAGGAGAAGGUGGGCAACACACUGCUCGUGAAGAUACGCGAUAUCUGCAUGGAGAACGAGGCACUCAGUGCUACUUUGAAGCAGAAGGAGUACGCCAACAAGAUAAAGCUGAUGCGCAAGAACGGGCACCUCCUCGUCACACUUCUCCUCGCAAACAUGACCACAAACGAGCUCUGCCCAUCAUCACGGACCCCAUCCUCGGCGGCGGUGUCCAGGCUGUCGUCAUCAGUACCACGUUCGUCAUCUUGUCUCGCCUUGCCUUGCCUCUUUCCUCAGGUUUCGCACAUCUACCAGGGGUUAUCCAUCACCAGUACAUUCGUUUGCGUUGAGCUGUCCUACGCCAGCAGCGAGUCUGAGCCCAAGCCUCAGAAAUUCAAGAUCCCAGGAGGCGCGGUUGUCCGUUGCAGGCGCUCUGCCCCCCAUGUCGCCGCUUCCUCUUCAACUUGGCGACAACGACGUAGUGGCUACUUGCGCACCGAAUACUUUGAUGAUGCCGAUGCUGACGCUGACGUGGAUACCGACCUGCUUGAAGUGGUCAAGGUGAACAGCUCUAAUGGCGAUGAGUAUCUCAGAGAAGGGUGUAACUAG